AAUCCUGUUUUCUGCCGAAUGCUGCCGCCAUAUUGAUUUGGCUUGGCGCUUUCUUGAUAAUAGUUUUCUUGUGAUGUCUAAUUUCACGUAGUUGGUUAUUUUAAUAGUGUAUUAAUCUUAUUUGUGUGGUGGAAAAAUAAAAACUAAAUCAAAAUGGAUCCGGCAAAGAUGAAAGUAGUAGAUCUGAGAUCUGAACUUGGCGCUCUAGGCUUGGAUACUAAGGGUAACAAGCCGGCUUUGGUCGAAAGACUGAAGAAAGCUCUGGAAGCUAAAACUGGAAAAGUUUUAGCAGAUACGUCUAUAUUGGACACGACAACAGAGGAUUUGGAUGACGUGGCUACACCCCGGCGACCGGGACCUGCCGCGAGGACCACGAGGAGGUCGUCAUCAUCGCGCCUGGUGGCGACUCCAUCCAGGCAACCUCCGCGCGACGGUCCCGAGCUAAUAGAAGAGGAUGUGAAGGAAGAAGAUUCUGAUGACUCAACGCCGGUUCAACCUGCGCCCGUACCAGUACCGACACCGGCGCCAGUGGUGGCCCCAGUGGCGGCCCCCGAGCCCGAGCCUCAUGUCGACACGCCGCGGAAGCCCGCCCCAUCCGAACCCUAUGUCCUCGAAGAAGAAGAAACUGAAUCAUCACCAGUACAAAUCAAGGAGGAUUUAGAAGACAAUGAAACUGCGGACAAUGAAGAUUGUAAAGCAAGAGUUAGUACAGAGAAUGAGAAUAAAGUUACUCCAAGUACCAAAAAUGAGAAUAUGGAUCAUGAUGGAGAGGAGAAUGGUGAAGAUGAUAAACCUAAAGAUACUAACAAAGAAGACAAGCAUGAAGAGAGGGAGUUAACUGAGGAAGAAGAGUGGGAGAAACUAAACGAGCGUCUCAAGAUCAGAGAGCAGGAGCGCCUGGAGCGAGAGAAGAAACAGGCAGAGGACGAUGCCAAGCGACUGGAGGAGCUCAGUAAUGAUCCAAUAAAGUUGCAACGUUUGAAACGCAAACAUGAGAAGAAGGCUCGAUGGAGCAACUUCUACAAAACUGUCGCCGUCACUAACGAAGUGCUGACACUACCAACUGAGCCUACUCCAAAAAAAGGGAAGAACGAAAUUGUAGACCCCAAAUUACUGGAACCGGAGAUUAAUGAUGAAAGAGUCACUCUGUCUUGGUAUGACAGUGACUUGAACCAGUAUUUGGAACUGCCGGAACUGAACAGCGUGGUUCCGCUGAGUGAAAGCGUGUUUGCCCAUUCGUGGGCAGGCAGCCGCGCCUCCCACGGCGUUACCACUGGCCGUGUUUGCUACGAGGUGCGAGUUGGAGCCGUGGUAACAACCACAGAGAGCAGUGAGAAGGAGCCCAUUGGCUCUGGUCUCCGUGUGGGCUGGUCCACUGAUGACUCCUCAUUGCACCUUGGUGAAGGUGAGCUUAGCUGGGGUUAUGAGAGUACCGGGCGCGCUGUACACAAUGGCGAGUUUAAGGAGUAUGGGAAGCAACUCACCGAGAAAGAUGUCAUUGGAAUAUAUCUGGAUUUGGAGUCCUCUCCGUGCAAGAUCUCGUUUACCGUGAACGGCGUCGAACAGGGUACAGCAUUUGAGUUCGACAAGUCCGUCCUUAAUGAUAAGGCACUGUUUCCGCACAUUAUCACCAAAAACUUGUGCUACAAAGUCAACUUUGGCUAUGACAGGUACAAUAUGUUGACCAAAACCAAGAUAGUCCGAAAACGUAUUGAGAUCCCUGUGGAACAAGUAUUGGAAGAAAAGAAGGCACUUGAAGAUGAAAUCAAACGACAGAAGGAAGAAGCUAUCCGGAGAGAGAAGGAACGUCGUGAUAGAGAGAGAAAGGAAAGGGAGGAAAGACAACGGAAAAAGAGAGAGGAGAGAGAACGGUUGGAACGGGAAAGAAAAGAAAAAGAGAGGAAAGAGAAGGGAGAAGAGGAAGCAGAAGAGUCAGAAAAAGAUAAGGAUAAAGAGGAAAUGGAUCAGUCUGGUGAUGGUGCUGAUCAAGGAGAGCCGAAGGAAAACGGUGAUAAAACUGACGAGAGCCAACCUCCUGCGGUGGAAGUUAAGGAGGAGCCAAUGGAAACUGACCAAACUGAGGAGGCGCCCAAACCGGUCGAAGCUACUGAUCUGCCGGAAGUGAAAGGAGAAGCAGUGGAUGAUGACGUCGUUGAGGUGACUGAGGAGCAAGUGCUUAGAGGCCAUGUUUUGGACAAAAGAAUCAAAUUUGUCAUUCGUCACACGGCGGAGGAGCAGCUGGAAGGUGCGGAGGCGUGCCUGGUGCCCGGCUACGUGCUGUUGGCGCUCUACACCGCGCUCGUGCCGGGGCCUCGUCGACCAGCCACCAAGCAGGACUGCGAGGUGAUCCUAAUGGUGGGCAUGCCGGGUUCAGGGAAGACCCACUGGGCCAAGGAGCACGCCGCCAAACAUCCCGAGCGGCGAUACAACCUCGUGUCCACCGGCGCACUAUUCGACCGCAUGAAGGUGGACUGUAAACCAUUCCGAUCCAGCUACGAGGGAAGGUGGGACGCCAUGAUCUCCAAGUGCGCUAAAUGCGUGCUAAAGUUGUUGGAAAUCGCGAAAGGACGCAGGAGAAAUUAUAUCCUCGACCAGCCAACUUCACGCUGCCCGACAAGUGCUCCUGGGUAGACGAGGUGCUGUACCCCGAGCUGGCCGAGGAGGAGGCCAGGAAGGCGGUCGAGGCCUUCCACAAGGAGGCCCGCGCCGCCGGCGUCACCAAGGAGAA